CGCAGCGUUGAGGCGCGCGUUUCUCUCAUUUAAAUAUUUUUUGCAGUUGUGACGUAGCUGAAAUUGUAUUUGCACUACUUUCCGAGAAAUUCCUGAAGUCGCACUUUUUUGUGUGAGAGUUUUUGACUGCUCGGUUCGGUUUUUGGUCCAAACCAAAACUCUACACCAUGGCUGAGACGGCAGCUGCCCCCGCGUCCAAGCCCAAAAAGGCGAAAAACACCAAGAAAUCGGCGUCGCAUCCCAAAUACUCAGAGAUGAUCAAAGCGGCCAUCGCCGCGGACCGGAGCCGCAGCGGCGCGUCGCGUCAGUCCAUCCAGAAGUACGUGAAAAACCAUUACAAGGUGGGAGACAACGCCGACUCCCAGAUCAAACUCGCCCUCAAGCGCCUGGUGGCCAGCGGUCUCCUGCGUCACACCAAAGGCAUCGGAGCUUCUGGGUCUUUCAAACUGGCCAAAGCCGAGGACGCCAAGAAGCCAGAGAAACCCAAACCAGCCCCGGUGAAAGUCAAGAAGCCAGCCAAAGCCGCCGCCAAACCCAAGAAAGCCCCCAAGCCCAAGAAAGUGGCAAAGUCCCCGGCGAAACCCAAGAAAGCCCCGGAGAAGAAAGUGAAGAAGGCUGCGGAGAAAAAGAAAUCGCCUGUCAAAGCCAAGAAAGUCGUCAAGAAGAAGGUGGCAAAACCGGCCAAGGCGAGCAAAGCCAAGAAGGUGAAGACGGCGAAACCCAAACCCAAAACUGCAGUCAGGAAAACGACCAAAAAGAAGUAGAGACUCGAUUCAUUCGGACUGACUGAUCCCAAACUCGGUGUAAAUACACUUUUUGAAGCAAUGUUUUUUGGUAUAUUGUUAUUUUUGUAUGGUCUUCGUGCGCUCGACAUUUUUACAGCGUGUCUCCACAGAAACUUUCCAUGCGCAGAAUCUAAAAAGAGGAUUCAGCAUCUUUGCAUAUAAACGGCUAAACUUAUUUAUUUUACUUUUUUCCAAGGACAUUAAAGCAAACCUUAUGUUGCACAUUGUUAUUAUUCAGACAUACUAAUUACAUAAAGCGCUACAAUAAUAUGUGAAAAUAUAUUCUUAGGUUAUUCUAGGACUGUGAAAAUAAACAUGUUAUUGUUUGUAUGGAGAACGGUGCUUUAUGCUCUGAAAAUGAUGAUGUACAGAACUGAAGCAAAUUUGUAACUGUUGUAGUCUACAGACUGUCAUGUUUCAUUGCUGUCCAAUAAUACUCGCAUUGCUGUGCAUCAAUAAACUUCUCAUUUCUUAA